CUGCUCCGCUCUCACUCGGUCCACAAGCACUCACACGCACACACACAUACACCCGCGCUCACCUGUUCCGCCGGCCCGCCACCCCCUCUCUCGACCUUACUGCGACCGCUCCCGUUCCGUUUCGUUAUUUUUUUUUCGUUACGAUUCAGUUGCCGUUUUAACUUCGCCGCGCGAGAAGCGGAAUCUUUUGUUAGUCCGCUCGUGGAAAAUCGGGAAAAUACUGCAGUGCCGCUGCACUGGUGCAGCUCGUACAUUUCGCUUCGUUUGGCGCCAAAUUUCGAAUCGCAUAUCCGCUGGCGGAUUGAAUUGGACCAAAGUUGAUCUUGCUUCACGUUUGCAUCCCACCCACCUACCAUCACCCCUCCCCCUGACAGUGCCCCCACGUACGCACGCCCCCCAACCCCCACCCCCCGCUAGACGACUCCCAUGGCAGCUAGCAAACUCCAUUGCGGCAAGCAAUUGACAGCCACACAUUCACAUUUCGAUGCGACAUGUGCGAAAAUCAGGGCCUUUUACUUUGACCUGGACAACACGUUGAUUCCCACCCGAGCCGGCGAUUCCAAGGCGAUCAGAAAGCUCGCGGAUGUUCUAGAGAGUCAGUACCAGUUCAGCAAAGAUGACGCCACCCAGGCCACCCAAAACUUUCUAAAGGCCUUCCGCCGUUGUCCGGACAACUCGCAAACGUCGCUGGACUCGUGGCGCACUCACCUGUGGCGCGAAUCCCUUCCAGCGCGCCACAAGCACCUGGCGGAGCAGAUCUAUCCCAAGUGGCUGAAGCUGCGGUAUCGCUACCUAGCCGUGCCCGCUGACUAUGUCCAGCUGCUGCUGCGAAUGCGCCAGGCGGGCUACGCCCUGGCCCUCAUCACCAACGGACCGUCGAACGCCCAGUGGGAGAAGGUGGCCGAGCUGAAUGUGCGCGGCUACUUCGACUGCGUGCUGGUCUCAUCGGAUCUGCCAUGGGAGAAACCGCAUCCGGAGAUCUUCUAUGCCGCCUGCAACUUUCUCAGUGUCAAGCCGCAGGAGUGCGUCAUGAUCGGCGACAAACUGGAGACCGACAUCAAGGGUGGUCACUUGGCCCAGCUGGGUCUCACCUUCUGGACGCCACUGAGCAAUAGCAGCUCGGCAGCACAAUCGCUGCAGGAUGUGGAGUACAAGCCGCACGUCAAGCUGGGCAACCUGCUGGAGAUGUACAAGUACUUUCCGCGCCUCAACGCCGUCGCCCUGCCGGAGACGCCGUCGACCUCCAGGAGACGUGGCAGCCACUUGAGUCCCACUGGCCAGGGCUCCGGUAGCGGUAGCAGCUCCAGCGCCAGUUGCGUGCCGGGUGCUGGCCAUGGAUACCAUCACCACCACCAGCACCAGCAGCUGCAGCAGCAUCAUCAUCAGCAGAGGCAGUGGCUCUAUCGACGAGGCGUUUCACUGCCCGCCAUGGAUUGCUCCAAUAGCGAGGCGGAGAACAGCUGCGACAGUUUUCUGUAGGCAGAGCAGAGGAUCUAGGGGAUCUAGGUGAUCGAAAGGAUCUAUUCGGAUCGAUACGGAUCGAGAGAUUGUUGAAAAAUGUACCUUCAGUUUACAAAACUAUAGCAAAAGAGGAUUGAGGAUCGUAGAACGGGUGUAAUAUUCACGGAUGGACGAUGGACGAUGGACAGCCAGGAGAAUUGGAAACAAAUGCAGGAAUUUAAAGUUCAACUAUUAGCGGGAGGAGCCCGGACGCACGGUGAAUCUCGAUAUCUGCCAUUAGACUAAAAUUAAGGCUAGCAAACAGCAUCGGAGCACACAAACAAACUACAGCAAACAAGUACAUGGAACAAACAAAACAAAUAGGAAAACAAAUGAGGAGGACAGGAAGCAAAGCAACCAAAUGUAUUUUUCUAAGCGAAUUUUCUGUCACAUAUUUUGUAAAUUGAUAUAACACGCAACUGAAAGUACGUCAAGGUAAACGUAAAACGCGACAAAGACAAAAAUAAGAAAAAAGUGAAAACGAUACAGUAAAGCAGACAAAAACCACAACACGAACCUCUUUCAGACUCUGCUGAAUGAUGAUGAAAAACAUAAACAAACAAAAAAAUACAAAAUACAAAAGAAACGACACGAAUAACCGAAUCACCCACAAAUCUGUAGUUAUGGUGUUAUGGCGAUGAUGGAUGUACGUGAAUGUUAACUAUUGUCUUAGUCGUAGCCUUUAGUCGGGUAUUGUAAUAGCGGCCUCUCGAAGCUGUGGGCCCACACUGUUGGCAAAUUGUUAUUUGCAACCACCACCACCACCUCCUCCCCAUUUACCCACCCCACCCUAUGCCACGCCCCAGACCCGCCCACAAGCCCCAGGUUGUUCAGCACCCACGCGAAAAGCAUCGUUGAUGAUAUAUGUAGAUGGCUCAUAUGCCGGAGCACUGUUGAUCAUUGGAAAUGGAAAAUAAAUGACACUGCAAAACCCAAAA